CUUCUGAAGACUUUUAUUUGAAGAAAGUCCGCUUGGAAUCUGGGGCUACCCCAAUCAGCCCUACAGCCUUUUUGCAUUGGAGGCCUUGAAAACCAUGUAGAUACUUGAAGCAAACAAAUAGAGAGAGAAAGAGAACAGAGAGAGACAGUUCUUUAUGCUAGUUUGAGAAGCAAGGAGCAAAUAAUGGAGCGCUAUGAGAUACUGAAAGAUAUUGGGUCAGGGAACUUUGGGGUGGCAAAGCUGGUAAGAGAUAAAUGGAGUGGUGAGCUCUACGCUGUCAAGUAUAUCGAGAGAGGCCAAAAGAUUGAUGAACAUGUGCGGAGGGAGAUAGUGAAUCACAGGUCUCUGAAGCAUCCUAAUAUAAUCAGAUUUAAGGAGGUGCUGCUAACACCAACUCAUCUAGCCAUAGUCAUGGAAUAUGCUGCUGAAGGAGAACUAUUUGGAAGAAUAUGCAAUGCUGGUAGAUUCAGCGAGGAUGAGGCAAGAUAUUUCUUUCAACAACUUAUUUCUGGAGUUAGUUACUGCCAUUCCGCGCAAAUUUGUCACAGAGAUCUGAAGCUGGAAAACACACUUCUAGAUGGAAGCUCGGCACCACGUCUCAAAAUAUGUGACUUUGGCUAUUCCAAGUCAUCGGUGUUACAUUCCCAGCCCAAAUCAACUGUAGGAACACCAGCUUAUAUUGCACCAGAGGUCUUGUCAAAGAAAGAAUAUGAUGGGAAAAUUGCAGAUGUUUGGUCUUGUGGGGUUACCUUAUAUGUGAUGCUGGUUGGAGCUUAUCCCUUUGAAGACACACAAGAUCCAAAAAAUUUUAGAAAAACACUUCAGAGGAUUCUUAGUGUUCACUACUCAAUUCCAGCCUACGUUCGUAUCUCCAUGGAAUGUAGACAUCUUUUAUCUCGAAUUUUUGUAGCAAACCCUGAAAAGAGAAUAAGUAUCCCAGAAAUAAAGAAGCAUCCCUGGUUCUUAAAAAACUUGCCCAUAGAGUUCAUGGAUGAAAGUGAAGGUGGCAUGCAGAAUGAGGAUGAAAGUGAAUCCCCCCAAAGUAUUGAAGAAAUACUGUCCAUAAUUCAAGAGGCUGGGAAAGCAGGUGAGGGGGUCAAACUUGGUGCGAUUGUUGUUGGUGGCAGCAUGGAUCUUGAUGAGAUUGAAGCAGAUUGUGACAUAGAUGACAUUGAGACAAGCGGGGAUUAUGUCUGUGCAUUAUGAAAUUUAUUGAGUGCUGGUUUGAGAUAAGGCACACUUUUCAUGGUCAAAGGGAAUCAAAUUAUUGUUUAGUGGGGUGAUGCUGAUUGCCUUCUUUGGAAGCUGGCUGGCUUGGUCUGUGUGUAAAGAGAAUCAGGUUAAGGUUAUGCAUGUUUGCUUUUUUAAAAAAAAUAAAAAAUAAAAACUUGUAAAAAUUUUAGUUCUUCCAUCUCUUGUAAUCUUGAGUUGUGCUUAAGAGAAUACUUGUUGACCUGA